ACAUAGCCAUCUUCUUCAAGUCAUGACACGAAGGAGAGACUCACUUUGCUUUUAGGGAUGCGUCGAGUCCCCAAAUUCGCAAUCCUGUGAUCGAUGCAGCAGGAUGCGGAUUGAGUGCAUUGCCUGCCCGAUGACAAUUUCCAGUGAGGUCAAGAGAUCGGUUGGGGCCCGAGAGUGUUUGUGUGAGGCUCAAAGGCUGUCUGAGCCUGGGCGUGCAUGGAUCGGUAUCGCACGUCUUCCAAGGUCUCGCAGGUUUCUUCUAGAACUGCAAUCGGUCCUCGAAGGUUCGACGGGUCAGAGCGCAGCUCAUGAAGGAGCUACCGCUUCCCUACCGAUGACGACUCCACUCCAAGUGCCUCAUAUGCAAGAGAGCCACGCGCCCACUGGCUUCCCCGAUGGUUCACCAUCUACUACAGCCUUUCCGGUGAACUAUAUUGGUAUUCCGUCAGCUGUUAAUGAGCCUCCUUAUGUAUUUCCCAUGGGGACAUCUGCGCUCAAUGAACUGGAUCCCCAAACACAAACCCAGUUCCAUCCUAUCCAAAGUUUUUGGGAAGAACCCGCUUCCACUGUCUCUACCCUGCGAGACAUGGUGCCACCCUUCUCCCUAUUCAAUCCUAGUCCCAAAAUGACACACCAUUUCGAGAAUUUGGGCUCUGUGUCUUCGGACACUUUCCACCACACCGCGAUCCCUGAGCAGCUCGCCGGGCCCUCCAGAUCCGGUCCCUCUCGCAUCGUUGAUCCUGUGCCGAUCGAAGCCGCGCUCGAAACUCCUGAUCGUCCACGGGAUGGAUGGAUGAAGACAAACUCGAAUGAGGACGUUGUUUACUGGCUUCGAGGCCUGGCUCAGAGGCUGGGAUAUCACCUUGUUCCUAUCUGAGUUGGUGUGGCUAGCGGUGGUUCUUCUGGAUCGAGAGAAGUGUUGUACAUGUAAGUUGAUUCCGCGUGUUUGAUCUACCAACCAACUUUGAAUGCUCGGAAUUGCUGGUACGGCUCAGUUGCUCCGUGGUAUGUGACUGCUUGGAUUAUUACUAGAGGUCUUCCGGCUCGUUUUGUCUUGCUUUUCUCGUGCCAUGUGUAGAGUCGGUGAUCUCUCCUUGUUCCGUUGACACGCGGUUCAUUUGUUUCCAAUACACCU